AGGCGCGCCCGGGGCACGCUGGGAGCCGGGGCACCUUGGCCGGCCUGACCCGGAAGGGCUGGUGCGUAGUAACCCCGGUUGCCGUAGCAACCAAGCCGCGCUAGUCCUAACCAUCCGCAUCCUCCAGUCCAUCCACCUCCCGAGAUGCCGCUGCAGGUGAGCGAUUACAACUGGCAGCAGACAAAGACAGCGGUGUUUAUCUCUGUGCCUCUCCGGGGCGUCUGCGUCAGAGACGCGGACGUGUUCUGCACAGAAAACUAUCUGAAGGUCAACUUUUCUCCAUUUCUAUUUGAAGUGUUUCUCUAUGCACCCAUAGACGAUGAAAACAGCAAAGCCAAGAUUGGGAAUGACACUAUUGUAUUCACAUUAUAUAAAAAAGAAGUGGCCAUGUGGGAGACCCUUUCUGUGUCAGGAGUUGACAAAGAGAUGAUGCAAAGAAUGAGGGAGAAAUCUAUUUUACAAGCACAAGAAAGAGCAAAAGAAGCUACAGAAGCAAAAGCAGCAGCAAGGCGAGAAGAUCAAAAAUAUGCACUAAAUGUUAUGAUGAAGAUUGAAGAAGAGGAGAGGAAAAAAAUAGAAAAUAUGAAAGAAAAUGAACGACUAAAAGCAACUAAAGAGUUGGAAGCCUGGAAAGAAUGUCAAAGAAAAGCUGAAGAACAAAAAAGAAUUCAGAGAGAAGAGAAAUUCUGUGAACAAGGAAAGCAAGUUGGAGAAGAGAGAACCAAAUUAAAACAUAAAAGCCUUACUAGAAUUGCAGCAUCUAGAAAUCUUGCCACAAAAGGGAGAAAAUCAGAAAAUAUAUUUUUGGAGAAGUUAAAGGAAGACAGUAUUCCUGGUCCUCGCUCUGCUGGCAGUAUUAAAAUCAGCUUUACCCCUAGAGUAUUUCCAACUGCUCUCCGAGAAUCACAAGUAGCAGAAGAAGAAGAGUGGUUACACAAACAAGCAGAGGCACGAAGAGCACUGAAUACUGAUAUUCCUGAACUUUCUGAUUUAAAAGAAGAAGAAAAGAACCCAGAAUGGCUGAAGGACAAAGGAAACAAACUGUUUGCAAAAGAAAACUACUUGGCAGCUAUGAAUGCGUACAACUUAGCCAUAAGACUAAGUAACAAGAUUCCACUAUUGUAUUUGAACCGGGCAGCUUGCCACCUAAAACUAAAAAACUUACACAAGGCUAUUGAAGAUUCUUCUAAGGCACUAGAGUUAUUGACACCACCCGUUGCAGACAAUGCUGAUGGAAGAAUGAAGGCAUAUAUACGACGUGGGACAGCAUUCUGUCAACUUGAAUUAUACAUAGAAGGCCUACAGGAUUAUGAAGCUGCACUUAAGAUUGAUCCAUCCAAUAAAAUUGUACAAAAUGAUGCUGAGAAGAUUCGGAAGAUAAUUCAAGGAACAGAACUAAAAUCUUAAUGACUGCUGAAGCAACUAGG